UGUAGUUGAAUAAAAUAUGAAUGAAUGAAUGAACCCCUUUUAAUUUAUCAAGAAUAAUCCCUUUAAGCUCUCAAGAGGAAAUAUUUAAAUCAGAUUUAAAAAUGGUAAAAUAUAUAAGGAUCUAAGCUGCAAGCAAUACAGCAGGUCUAGGGUUAAGGUUAUCAAUACUAGAACGUACAAACAUAUUUUUAAUGAGGCAAUUAAUGACAUGACAAUUCAGAUCAAGUUGAGACACAUAACUAUGCUCAGCUCAUUUAUUCAACAAUGGAUAAAAUUUUGCAUUCUCGAAUAUCUAUUUACAGGCUUAUUAGGUAAUUUAUUAUUUACCUUUAAUGAUGAAACCCCCCUUGACCAACUGAAUCCAACCUGCUGUGAGUCCCAGCAUAUUUUAUCCUGCCAAAGAAUCACAGUAGAAUUUUCUGCUAUUGGGAAAUCUUUCAUAGUUCUGCCAGGAAAUAUGACCUUGAACUUCAGCAACUUCGUUACUAUAAAUGAAAAGGGUCUGCACUACAUCAGUAAUGAAGCCAAUGCAAUAUUGACAUAUAAUCCACAAGAGUUAAGUCUUCAUGGACACAUUCAAUUUUCAACUGGUGAAUCAUACACAAUAGAAAAUUGUAAAGAACAAGGCCAUAUUUGGAAGCAAAUUGAUGUAAAUAAUCUUGUGGAACAUUCUAUCAAUGACAUAACACAUCUUACUGUGGCUGUGGAUGCCCCACAAAACCAAACCAAUCAGGUAGAAACUGACAUCGCACUUGAUAAUGAAACAAUUGUAGAAUUCUCUGUAAAAAUUUACUACACCAGAGAAUUUGCCUCUGCAACUUUAGAUAUGCCAGGGUUUUUUAACCAAAUGCUUGCAGAGACAAACCAAGGUUAUAUAAACAGUGAGAUACCAAUGAGAAUAUUUAUCCAUGAAACAGAAGAAGCUACAAUAAUUGACCAGAAUGAUUCUACCGCAAUGUUGUAUGCAUUCACAUUCAUGAAGUCAUCAGCAAAAGAGUUAAGAGGGAGUGCUGAUACCACUGUUCUUCUUGUGAACAGUAUGGAUGCUUGUGGAAUAGGUUUUCUAAACACAAUUUCCACUGGGCUGACUGUAUCUGUAGUCAUGAAAUCUUGUGCAGUUGGAUAUUUUUCAUUUGGCCAUGAAAUAGCCCAUGGUUUUGGUUGCCAACAUGAUCCUCAAACUUCCACUAAUCUAAUUUAUUCUGAUGGUCAUGGACACCUGAUUCUGCGCGGAUCUGCUUCACAAGGAUAUAGAACAAUAUUGGCAUAUAAUCAUCAUGGAUUUGAAACACGAGUAAAUUACUAUUCUAAUCCUGAUGUGAGGCUUAAUUUUACAAAAACCUUCACUGGAAAUAGACAAAUUUCAAACAAUGCACGAAUUCUUACAGAAAAUAGAAUGCAAAUGGCAGCCAUUGGAGAUGAAUCAAUUAGACUUUCUACAAAAACCCCUUUUGUUACAUCCAGUAUUAGUACCAUUUCUUUUAUACCUACUUCACCUGUAUUUAUUGCAACACCUACCACAUCUACUGCUAAAGGUUCAAACUCUACUGAGUCAACAACUAAACAAUCAACAUUCAUUGCUUCAACUACUAAAGGUUUUACCACCAUUGCUUUAACAACUAUAGUGUCCCUCUCUACUGAUUCAAUUACUGAAGAUUCAACCACUAUUACAUUAACUUCAAAAGUUUCAACCUCCACUUCUUCAACUGCUGAAGGAUCAACUUCCAUUACGUCAACUUCUGAAGUUUCAACCUCCACUGCAUUAACUAUCGACAAUUUAACUUCUAAUAUGUCAACUACUGAAGGUUCAACCUUCACUGUUUUAACUGCUGAAGGUUCAAAUUACACUGCUUCAAAUGCUGAAGGUUCGGCCAUUAAUGCUUCAUCUACUGAAGGUUCAACCUCCACUGUUCCUUCUAAUGUAGGUGAAACCUCCACUGUUUUCUCUACUGAAGAUACAGCCUCCACUGUACCUACUACUGAAGGUGAAACCUCCACUGUUUCUUCUCCUGAAGGUGAAAGCUCUAUUGCUCUUACUACUGAAGGUACAACCUCCACUGUUCCCUCUACUGUAGAUGACACCACCACUGUACCUACUACUCAAUGUACAACCUGCACUGUACCUUCUCUUGAAGGUGAAAGCUCUACUGCUCCUACUACUGUAGGUACAAACUCCACUGUUCCCUCUACUGUAGAUGACACCACCACUGUACCUAGUACUGAAGGUUCAACCUCCACUGUACCUACUACUGUAGGUGAAACCUCAAUUGUACCUACUACUGAAGGUAAAACCUCCACUGUACCUUCUACUGGAGGUUCAACCUCCACUGUUCCUACUACUGUAGGUGAAACCUCCACUGUUACUUCUACUGUAAGUGAAACCUCCACUGUGCCUACUACCACAGGUGGGACCUCCACUCUACCUUCUACUGAAGGUGCAACCUUCACUGUACCAACUACUGAAGGUUUAACCACUAUUGAACCUUCUACUAAUGGUAAAACUUCCACUGUGACUACUACUGCGGGUGAAACCUCCACUGUACCUUCUACUGAAGGUGCAACCUUCACUGUACCAACUACUGACGGUUUAACCCCUAUUGGUCCUUCUACUACUGGUAAAACCUCCACAGCGCCUAUUACCUCAGGUGGAAGCUCCACUGUACCUGCUUCUGAAAAUGAAGCCUCCACUGUACCUACUACUCAAGGUUCAACCACCACUGUACAUACGAAUGAAGGUGUUGCCUUCACUGUUCCUAUUACUGGAGGUGCAAUCUUCACAGUUCCUUCUACUGAAAGUGAAACCUCCACUGUUACUACUACCAAAAAAGACUACACUUUACCUACUACUGAAGGUGCACCUCCCAAUUUACCUACUACUGAAGGUGAAAACUCAAUUGUAGGAUUUCCCUCCAUUGUUUCAACCACCAUUCAUUCUUCUACAACUGGAAGUUCAACCUCCACUGCUUUUAGUAUUGCAGAAGCAACUUUUUUUUGUCCACUUUGGAAGAUUCUACCUCAACUGCAACAGUUACUGAAGGUAUAAAGCUCACAAAUUUAACUACAGAAAGUGCAAUGGCCAGUAGUAAACCUAGAAUAUCAACUGCACCAGGUUUUGAAUUGGCAUCAAGGCCAACUGAACCUGUGCCCAUAUUUCCAUCUGAUACCACUACUUUUUCUCAAAUAUCUGUCUCUACAUCAUCUUUGUAUACUUUUUCUUCAUCUACUUCAAGGUCUAUUAUGAAAGAAGACAAUGACUGUUAUGAAGACAGUUCUCUUCCAAACUUGAGUUUUAUAUUUACCUUUCAAGUAUUUGCAAGAUCUUCCCUGGAAUGCCAAAGAAUUUGUGCAGCUAAGUCUGCAUGUACAUUUUGGAACUUUUAUGUUUUUAAUGGAAUGUGUGAUUUAAGACAAUUUAAAUUUGAAAAGAAUGACUACUGGAAAACAUCUCCUAAACUUUGUGAUAAGAUCCCCAACUACUCAUGUAGAUUGCGUAAUAAUAAGUUUGUUCUGAGCUAUACUCCUGUUUAUGCUGAUGAGAUUGAAUGCCGUUUGGCUUGUAAAACUGCAUACUACUGUGAAUAUUGGGCAUAUCAGAUGGUGAAUGAUAAUAGACCACAAUGCAGGAUUUACUAUAUUACCAGUGUAGCUUAUGGAUGGAUUUCUGGCCAGUUCAAUAAUUUGUGCUUACAGUAAAAUAGUAGAUGAUUGAUGUUAAAUUAAUAAUUACAAUUUAAGUUUUUAAAUUAAUGAUAACAAUAUUUGUUGUAAUCAGGGCCAAAUUUUCAGUGUCUUUUUAAAAAAUUUAUCAACUCAAAUUCAGUAAUUUUUUGAAAAAUAAA